UGUUUGUGUUUCACACUAAAGUCUAGAACCAAAAUGUCUGAGUACGAGUCUGUACAGAAAGGCUCGUUAACACUGAAAGGAAUCGGAGCCGUUUCAGCUGGUAAAAAGAAAAAGAAGAAGGAAAAGGAGCUGAAGCGUUUGGAGAAGCAGGUGUUAACCACUCCAAAUGAGGAGGAAAGCACCAAGAAGGCCUACAUGGAUAAAAGAACCCCGGCACAGCUGGCCUUCGAUAAACUCCAAGAGAAGAGACAAAUUGAACGUAUUCUCAAUAAAGCCUCCAAAACACACAAGCGCAGAGUUGAGGAGUUUAACAGACAUCUGGACAACCUGACUGAGCAUUAUGACAUUCCUAAAGUCAGCUGGACCAAGUAAUGCAGGAAUCGUGUGGAUUAUCAGGAGCAGGAUGAAUUUCAAUUUCUGUGGAUCCUAGGAGGAGAAAUUAAGAAACUGUCUCUGGUUCCUUGACGAGCAUCACCACAGAUUUACCAGUUACAGAUCUGUUUGAUGUUUGAUGCAUUUUACUUUCUUUUAUAACCUUUAUUAAUGUGCUUUCUGAUUUAAACCUGGAUGUUAUUUGUGUGUACUUUAUUGAUUAAAGCUCAUUUUGUUCUUUAA